AUGGGCCAUAACCCAUUAGGACCAGAAGACCACUUUCCUAGAGCCCAGGAUAUGGAUAUGGACGAGGAUCCAGAUCCAGAGCCUGCCGAGCCACCCAUAGAAAUUUCAGACGGAUCAUCUUUCCAUGGUUCGCCUUAUAGAGGCCCCGAUUCAUUUGCUCAAUGGUGGAGCAAUUAUCACCGGGAGUAUACACCUUCCCACCAUUCUUCACCACACCAGCAGGUCCCCUCAGAGGACCCACAUUUUGAGACGGUCACGCCACCGCCAGAGCAGCAACCGCCUCCAAAACCACCGAGGCGAAGAAAAUCAGGUGCACAGAUGUCCGUGCGAGGGGGAUUCCACUUCAGCUCCCCCCAACAUAGCACCAACAGCUACUACCCGCCGCUGUAUGAAGACCCGCAGAUGGGUGGGCCUUCAAACCCACUUUCAGAGGUCGGCUCUCCGCCAGUCGCACCAUCACCACACGUGGGUUUUGAUAACCCAAUUCCUUCAUACGCUGGUGCAGCGGCGUAUAACCCUUUUAAACAGCCGGCUUUUUCUGGCUACAACUACUACAACGCCCCUAGUGUUGACCCGUAUCUCGAGGCGGCAAACUACAAUGCUCUUCAUCCUGAAGGGCCCUUUCAAGCAACGUAUCCAACUGGAUACCCAGUAUAUGGGUAUCAAUACCUGCCACCUCUUCAGCCUCAGUCGCAGCAGCAGCCGCAGCCGCCACUUGUCCAACCACGCAGCAGGAGAUCCUUCAGAGGUUGA